UGCUCUCUGCUUUCAAGGGGGAAAAAAAAUAGCGCUUUGGACCAUGGAGACGUUGGAAGAACAGUUGUCCUGCCUUCACAUCGCAAACCGCUCUGCCAUGGAAGACAGUAUGACUUACGUACUCGACAUCGACACCUCGGAACCCGCGGAAGGACAGCAGACGCAGGUCAUCGCUAUUUUGUGUUCCAAUAAAUCAAUCAGAUUGUAUAAUAAGGAAAGCAUGACCUUUCUGCACGAAUAUAACGAGCACCCCGCGGUACUUAGCGGAGUCCGGUUCUCUCAUUCGAACGGCAGCGUGCUGUAUUCGGCUUGUAGCGACGGGACUGUGAAAAGCUGGGACGCCCGCACGUCGGGGGCCGCUCCGGUGCAGCUCUUCAACGGCUACCCCGCCAACGCCUUCAUCAGCUUUGAUAUUAGCUGUAACGAUCUCGUUCUUUGUGCCGGGACCGAGAAAGAGGAAGAGGACUCCUUUCUGGUCUUCUGGGACGCGCGGGCUCCCAACGGCAAGUUUGCAUCCAAAGACCCCCUCGGCGUUUAUUCCGAGUCUCAUAACGAUGACAUCACUCAAGUGCGCUUCCAUCCGACGAACCCGAGCAUGGUGGCUUCAGGGUCCACGGACGGAUUGGUCAACGUGUUCGAUUUAAGCAAGGAUAACGAAGACGACGCGUUGAGCGCCACCUGUAACUCGGACUCCUCCGUGAACGUUCUGGGUUGGGCGGGCGAGGACCAUAAGCAGAUUUUCUGCUUGACGCACGACGAGGGGUUCUACCGGUGGGAUCUCGCGCACGUCGAUACCGAUGAACCGAUCACAUUGUCCAAAGUUCAGGAUGUGAGGGAGCACGCGAGCGGGUGCACCGUCGACUAUCUGAUCGGAGGCUUCUAUCGUGCAAAGGAGGACGCGCUUCUCCUCGUGGGUGGAACUCAUAGCGGUGACAUCAGCCUCUUAAACUGCGACGCCGACCGCGUUAAGCAUUUAUAUAGUCUACGCGGCGGCCAUUCGGCUACGGUCCGUUCCUUCUACUGGAACGCGGAGGAUGACUCUCUGCUAACCGGCGGCGAGGAUGCCCAGUUAUUGCUGUGGAAACCCAGAUCCAAGGACGUUCCGCAGAAGAAAGAACCGCUGAAGAUGGCCUCCUCCUUGCAGCAGAGAGUCCGCGUGCACCACACCAAAUCUUAUAAAACGAAACAGAAACAAUGAACGGGGUCCUUCCGUCCCUUAAGACGGCAGCAGAUCCCAGCCUGCUUUCAACUCGCCCCAAAAAUAUAUAAAUUUGUUAAUUUUGGAGAUUUUAUUAUUGCCUAAUCCAAGUUCUGACAUAAAGGAGUAGAUUCAAUACAUCUGAAUUUGCAGCAAAAUAUUAUACAUUUACACCGUGAUACAAUUCCAAGUGUUUCUUUGGGACAAGGUCAGAGUUCUAUUACCUGGUGGUGUAUGGACAUGCGCAACAAAUGUAUCGCAGACUGGUUACAGGUAUCUGAACAACAGCCCAGUAAGCGGGUGGGAAACUGUUAGGCUAAGAAAGCGGCUACUGCUUGACUGCAACUUGUUGUUUUUUUAAUAAAAAGUAAGUUUAUUAA